UAUAAAUUUGCAUUUCCUUUCUAGUAUCAAUUGCCAACUCCAUUUCCAACUACCCAAUCGUUAAUCUUCCAUUUUUCAUUCUCUCUCAAACUUUUUAAAAAAACAAUAAUAACCAAAGCAAAAAUUAUCUGGAAAACAAAAAUGGCUAGUGCGAAGAGUUCCAUGAUGGCGAGGAGAAAGAGUAACUACCGAUUCUUGAGCAAUGAUCUGAUUCAACCACCGUCGAUGAAAACCUCCGCUACGACGGAGUUGGAGUUCGAUGAAUCCGACAUUUGGGGCGUGUCGACUCGGUCCGACUCGCCUCCGAGUUGGAGCAAGUCGUCGAGGAAGUCGAUGACCGCGCCGACUCCAGCGAGGGGGAGGCGCGCAGGAGACGCGUCGUCUUUGCCGGUGAAUAUACCAGACUGGUCGAAGAUACUCCGGGAGGAGUACAAGGCGCAUAAGUGGAGUUUCGGCGAGGAUUUAGUCAAUGAUUGUUACGGCGGAGAUGACGACGGCGAGGGGUGGGUGGCGCCGCAUGAGUAUUUAGCGAGGCCGCAAAUGGCGUCGUUGUCAUUGCAUGAAGGAAGUGGGAGGACGCUGACAGGGAGGGAUCUAAAUAAGGUUAGGAAUGCAAUUUUGGAGAAGACAGGGUUUCAAGAUUAGCAUUUUUAUUUUUGAGAGGAGUCGGAAAAUAACAAGCGGAUUUGAAGAUAUUAUUGAUUUCAAUUACUAAUAUUAGUAAAUUUUAGUAGAGAAUUAGCAGAAAUAAUUUGGGAAUUUUUUAUUCCCAGAUAUGGUUUUUUUGAAUUUUGUUUUUCAUCUUAAUUUUGAUGAUGAUUAAAUUUUUUUUUUGAAAAAUCAUCUUCCUUACUUGAUGUAAUUUUAAUGUGGUAUAUUGUGAUUAGAACUCCAUUUUUAUGAAGAGUUUCUGAUAUUUUUUUGUUUGUUUGA